CUCUGAGCCCUGGCGGCGGGCGCUCUCAGAUCCUGCGCGGCCCCGCGUUUGGCUUUGGGCGGCGGAGCCAGGCGCCCGGGAGCGCGGAGCGGGACCCCGACAUGGCCUCUGUGGUCUUUGAGGACGUGGCUGUGAACUUCACCCCGGCCGAGUGGGCUUUGCUGGAUCGAGGUCAGAGGAAGCUCUACAGAGAUGUGAUGCUGGAGACAUGCAGGCACCUGGCCGCCGUGGAGAAGCAGAAAUUUGGUAGCAGUGGAGAGGUGACCCGAAUGCAGGAAGGACUUCUGAGAACUCCUUUGGUGGCGCAUGGCUGUGAACGUCUUGAAGGGGAUCAAGUGUCUUCUGGACCUGGAGGUGAUAACAAUGUGUAUAUUUUUGAUGUGUACAUGCACCUUUACAUCGUUUUACCAACAAUAAAGUCCUGGUACGCCACCUCCCACCGCCCCCUGGCGUCCGUGUUCCGAUACUAAUAAACGGUGGUGAAAUC